UAAAAAAGAAAAAAAAAAAAAGAACAAAGUUGGCUUUCCCCUGCAUGCAUAUAUAUAUAAGUACAAUCAAGUUCAUGAAUAUUGUCAAGCUAAUUAACCAUUCACAGUAGCAGUACAUCAUAUUCUUCAUUUCUUCCAUUCUUGCCAGUAGUGCUACAAUCUAUUGUGCUAGGUUGCCCAAAUAUAUUUUAUUAACACACUAAGAUGAUUGGGUGGGAAGAUGUUUACAAGGUUGUGGUGGCCACCGUUCCACUCUAUGUUGCCCUAAUUUUAGGGUACGGCUCAGUAAGGUGGUGGCACAUAUUUACUACCGAGCAGUGUGGCGCGAUCAACCGCUUCGUUUGUUUCUUUACUCUCCCACUCUUCACGUUCGACUUCACUGCACAUGUGGAUCCUUACAAAUGGAACUACCGCUUCAUCGGCGCCGACUUCAUCUCCAAGCUCAUAAUCGUGGUGGUGCUAGCACUUUGGGCCAAGUGCAGCAGCAAAGGAAGCUACAGUUGGUCCAUCACAAGCUUCUCUUUGUGCACGUUAACUAAUUCCCUAGUGGUUGGUGUGCCCUUGAUUAAAGCCAUGUAUGGUUCGUCAUCCGUUGAUCUUGUUGUUCAAGCAUCGGUCGUGCAGGCCAUCGUAUGGCUCACCAUUCUUUUGUUCGUCUUGGAAUUUCGACGUACGGGGUCGAUAGACAUAGUUUCAAGUCGUACUAAUGUCGGCCCUCGAGUUCAAUCGGUUGAUCCACAAGGGAAUGAUGUAGAAGCCAUGGAGGAGAUAACAAUAAGUACUAGGCCUUCCUUUUGGUAUUUGAUGAAGGCUGUGUGGGUGAAACUUGGGAUGAAUCCCAACUCCUAUGCAGUUUUUAUUGGUAUUGCUUGGGCUUUGAUAGCAAGCAGGUGGCAUAUUGAGUUGCCAAGCAUCAUGGAAGGAUCUGUUUUAAUCAUGUCAAAAGCUGGUACAGGCACUGCUAUGUUUAGCAUGGGUAUCUUCAUGGCACUGCAGGAAAAAUUUGUAGCCUGUGGGACGAGCCUAACAAUAAUUGGGAUGGUUCUGAGGUUUAUUGCAGGACCGGCAGCCAUGGCGAUUGGCUCUAUUGCGGUGGGUCUGCAUGGUGAUGUUUUACGUGUUGCUAUCAUUCAGGCAGCAGUGCCACAGUCCAUUACGUCCUUCAUAUAUGCCAAAGAGUAUGGACUCCAUGCAGAAGUGCUCAGUACAGCGGUAAUAUUUGGCAUGUUGGUCUCCCUUCCAGUGUUGAUCGCUUACUAUGCAGUUCUAGGAUUUGUGCAUUGACGACCAUCUCUCUCAGCUAUAUAGAUAUAGAUAUACGUUUCAAUGAAUUUAUAGAGGGGAAAGGAUUGCUGCCUUGCUGCUCCUCUCUCCUUUGUUUUUUGUUUUAGUUUUUUUUGCUUUAAUUUGAUUUUCCAUAUCAUGGUCUAAAACUGUUGGGACUAACAUUAAAUUAGUCUUAAAAUUGCCAAAA